AGUUCCGCAGAUUUCGUAAAUUUUUUUGAUGUAGCCCGUGACGCAACGCGUUUGAGUCCGCUAAUUUUCCCAAAAUGGGGAGAUACGCGCGUCGUGUUCGUUCUUAUUUGCGUCAGAGACGCACUUGCCGACACGUCCUCAUCAUUUGGAUCUCCAUUAUCGCCUUUUCAACUUUCUAUUUGGCACUCAAAGUCGUCGACAUUCCGAGUCGUGGCCAUGAUGAAAGUCCGCAGGACGAUGGUGUGAAAGAUGUCGAGAGGAUAAAGAGUGAGGCACCUGUUGUUGCCUCUGGAAGUAGCUGUGCUGUUCCUGUGGUGAUUCCUUCCCAAGUGCAUAUGCUGGAUGUUUAUCGUCAUUUGAAAUUCGAAAACCCUGACGGCGGCGUUUGGAAACAAGGCUGGAACGUAACUUAUUCAAAGGCGUCCGUACCUAAGCUUCGUGUGUUCGUCGUGCCUCAUUCUCAUAACGACCCCGGUUGGAAGCAAACUUUUGAGGAGUACUUCCGUACUCAAACCAAGGCCAUCUUUGACAAUGCUAUUCGGAAACUGCCGGAGGACUCUCGUCGGAAAUUCAUUUGGGCAGAAAUUUCUUACCUCUCACUCUGGUGGGAUCAGGCGAAACCGAAGGAAAGAGAAAUCAUGAAAACGUUGAUCAAGCGGGGACAGAUUGAAAUAGUUACUGGUGGUUGGGUGAUGCCUGAUGAAGCAAAUUCUCACUAUUGGACUCUCAUCGAGCAAUUGAUUACUGGGCAUGAGUGGCUGAAAAAUGCCAUUGGAUUUGAACCGGUCAACGGAUGGUCGAUUGAUCCUUUCGGACUCAGUUCAACCUAUGCCUUUGUUCUUCAGAAAGCAGGCUUUGAAAACAUGUUAAUCCAGCGAGUUCAUUACGCCAUAAAGAAGGAAUUAGCCCUUCGGAAGCAACUGGAAUUUGAGUGGAAACAAGCGUGGGCGUCCAGGGGAAUCACGUGCCACUUGAUGCCGUUUUAUUCGUACGACGUGCCGCAUACGUGUGGCCCGGACCCGAAAGUGUGUUGCCAGUUUGACUUCAAACGGCUUCCCGGCACGGGUGUGACGUGUCCCUGGCGGGUUUCCCCGGUCCCGAUCACUUCCGAAAAUGUUGAAGCACGUGCACACGUCAUCAUGGACCAGUAUCGAAAAAAGGCGGAAUUGUACGCUUCCAAUGUUGUUCUCAUACCCUUGGGAGAUGAUUUUCGCUUUGUUUCUCCCCGUGAGUGGGACGACCAGUACAACAAUUACCAAAAAUUGUUUGACUUCAUCAAUGCUGAUACUUCACUCAAUGCUGAGGUGAACUUCGGAACGCUUUCCGAUUAUUUCAAUGCGCUGAGAUCAGAAGAAGCUUUUGAGGAUUUGCCUUCGCUGACUGGAGACUUCUUUUCUUACAACGAUCGUAACGACAAUUAUAACCGUUUGACGGUGCAUGACGGGGGUUUGGAGUCGACGCAGGAUUGGUCUCGAGGACUCCCGACGCAGUUUGAGAGACGGCGUGCUAGUGACGACGAGUUUUCCAUUGGAUUCUCUGAUACACUGUUGUUUGACUCAUCGGGGAAUUUGAAGAAGGUCCUGUUUGCUGAUGGAACCGGGAUGAACGUGAAGGUCAAGUCAAUUCAGUACGGGACCAGGUCACACGGGGAGGCCAGUGGUGCGUAUUUGUUUCUGCCGGACGGUCCUGCUAAGGAUUACGUCGUCCGAGAUCCGGCCCCAGUUGUGCGAAUCGAAGGUCCGCUGAUGAUGCAAGUUGUCGUUCACACACCACUGGUUCGGAGGGUCGUCUCGAUCAUGGAUUCCACUGGGGUCAGCGGAUUGGGAAUAUCAAUCAAGAACUUCGUGGAUAUCCAUACGGUGACGGAUAAAGAGCUGGGAAUGCGCAUCGAAACCGACGUCGAGUCCGGCACAGCGUUUUAUACCGACUCCAAUGGCUACCAGAUGAUUCGUCGCGAGAGGUUCGAGAAAUUUGGCAUCCAAGGGAACUUUUACCCAAUGGCAGCUUCAGCCUACGUGGAAGACAUUUCUUGGAGAUUCACAGUGCUGGCCCAGCAGCCCGCCGGAGUGUCGAGCCAGGACUCGGGCGCCCUGGAAAUAAUUCUGGACCGACGAUUGUCUCGCGAUGACGAUCGCGGUCUGGGCCAGGGCGUCAUGGACACCGUCUUCACGGAAGCCGAUUUCCGGAUCCUGAUUGAGCGACAUGACGGGAUGGAUGAUGCGCGUGUGCCGGCUUUGUCGAUGGCGGCGAAUGCCGCCUCGGAAGCUCUGUUGCAUCCUCUGGUUAAGCUUCUGGCCAGGAUUGGGCCAGAAAAUUUGGCGGAGAAGAGCCUUGGGUUCCGACUGCUUCCGGGGCUGAGCAGUGGGCGGGAAAAGGCAGAGACGCCGUGUGAUUUGGAGUUGACGCAUUUGCGGGCCAUGGGUGACGGAAGAGGGACGCCGCGGAGUGCCGGGGCGGUAUUUCGGCGUCGAGCGAGUGCGUGUGGGAUUGCGGACGGGGUGGAGAAGAAGCUCCGGUGCUUGAAGCAGUACGACCAGGACUUGACUUUGGAAGAAGUACUUGGUCCUGACCUGGCAGCUCAUCCGGAAGCAUCGACGAUAACUUUUAGGAAGUUGGAGUCCUCGAUUGACGACCUGACAUUGGACUUGUCUCCCAUGGACCUCAAAGCAUUUCUACUCAAGUUGCCGCCUUGAGCUUUAAUUUAUUUUACGAUUCGACUCGGAAACUGGAUUUUCCUUUGCCCAUGGUCUGAAGCAUUCAGUGCUCCUUUUUUUCAAAACAAUCGAAGCAUUUUGUUGUUUUGUUUGAUGUAUGUGUUUUUGAUGAGGCCUCACGACGUUUGGAAGAUCGGAAACUGGUCCAGUAAGCGUUUUAUAAUUUUGAAAUGGGUUUCGCUGUGAACUUGUGCAUAACUUAAAUAUUGACGACGUUGCAUUAAUUCCGAAUGCGUGACCGCUUUUUUCGCAUGUUUCUUGUGAAUCCGGACUGUUUUCUCGAGUUUUCAUUCAUGCAUGAAGCUUUUUGAGUUUGUGAUUUGAAACGUGUUGUUUAGGGAAAUGACUGCUGGGUCAUUAAGGAAAUACUCGAGAGAAACUGCUUUCCUUGCCAUUUUUGUUUUUGUUUUAGCCAGUCCUCUUCGGUGGGAACAGUUGGGGGUUGAAAUUUCUGUUCCGAAGUACGUGGUAUCCCGGAGCAAGGAAGAGCAUUUCUUGUUCUCGUUUGCUGUGAUAAAUUGGAAAUAGUUCUCGGAAAGGAGAAUGAUGUUUAAUUAGACUGAUUUUAUUUCUUUGUACGCAUUUUGAUAUCCUCCAAGUGGAUAAAGGACUCUCAAGGAUUCUUCAUCAAAUUAUUCAUGAGACCCUCGAUUUCAACCUUUCGAUUUUCUCCUUGAAUAACUACAGUAUUGUAUAAAGCCUGGUUUUUUUUUUUAAGGAUCGUAUGAAUUGACUUGUACUUAUCCAAAUUUAUCUAAACUCCCUUUAGUUCAUUAUCGGUAUUCUUUGAAAACGUAUUUCAGAGCCACUAGAUUUUUGUCAUGGAUCUUGAUUUUUGAAAGUCUGUCCGGAAAUUCAACAUCAACAAAUUUUAAAUGUCAUCGGACAACUUUGGAAAGCUGCGAAACUGUCUUUGACCAUUCGUGAUUUUCACCAAAUCAUUUAUGUGCAAUAUUUCCAGAGACUUUUUGUUGAUCUGGAAAAGGAUAAUCCAAUUCCCGCGAAGUCAAUAUGAAAAUCAACUGAAUUUGCCGAAAAAGAUAUUUCUGCAAAUUCAGUUGCUUUGCAUUUUAAUCUUUCAGGAAUAUUUUUUUCUUUAAUCAUUUUUAAACUUCUGG